AGCCGCGCCGGACCGCGGCCGCCUCGCCUCGAAGGCACUUCCUAGCAGUUAUGGAAAAAACGUCUACAGAUGCAUUUCCUUUUACUAUGAAUUCUUCAGAAAAGCAAGAGACUGUAUGUAUUUUUGGAACUGGAGACUUUGGAAGAUCACUGGCACUUAAAAUGCUCCAGUGUGGUUAUUCUAUUGUUUUUGGAAGCAGAAACCCCCAGAAAUCCAGCCUGCUGCCCAACGGUGCAGAGGUCUUCAGCUAUUCAGAAGCGGCCCAGAAAUCGGACAUCAUCAUCAUAGCAGUUCACAGAGAGCAUUAUGGUUUUCUCACAAAACUAACUGACGUGCUCAAAGGGAAAAUACUGGUCGACAUCAGCAAUAACCUCAAAAUCAAUCAGUAUCCAGAAUCUAAUGCAGAGUACCUUGCUCAGCUGGUGCCAGGCACUCACGUAGUGAAAGCAUUUAACACCAUCUCAGCCUGGGCUCUCCAGUCCGGAGCACUGGAUGCAAAUCGGCAGGUGUUCAUAUGUGGAAAUGACAGCAAAGCCAAGCAAAAAGUGAUGGAUAUCGUUCAUACUCUUGGACUUACUCCACUGGAUCGAGGAUCUCUCACGGCAGCCAAAGAAAUUGAAAACUACCCCCUGCAACUAUUUCCAAUGUGGAAGUUCCCCUUCUAUUUGUCUGCUUUUCUGUGUGUCUUCUUCUUUUUCUACUGUGUUAUAAGAGAUAUAAUCUAUCCCUAUGUUAAUGGUAGGAAAGACAGGUCAUUUCGCCUGGCUAUUUCCAUUCCAAAUCGUAUCUUUCCAAUAGCAGCACUUACACUACUUGCCUUGGUUUACCUCCCUGGUGUUAUUGCUGCCAUUCUGCAACUGUACCGAGGUACAAAAUACCGCCGAUUCCCAGACUGGCUUGACCAUUGGAUGCUUUGCAGAAAGCAGCUGGGCUUGAUGGCACUGGGAUUUGCCUUCCUUCACGUCCUCUACACACUUGUGAUUCCUAUUCGUUAUUAUGUACGAUGGACACUGAAAAACAGAACCAUUACCCAGGCAACAGCAAACAGAGAAGAUCCAUUUAGCACCUCUACUGCCUGGCUUAAUGAUUCAUAUAUAGCUUUGGGAAUCCUAGGAUUUUUCCUGUUUGUACUCUUAGGAAUCACUUCCUUGCCAUCCGUGAGCAACAUGGUCAACUGGAGAGAGUUCCGAUUUGUCCAGUCCAAACUGGGUUAUUUGACCCUGAUCUUGUGCACAGCCCACACCAUGGUGUAUGGUGGCAAGAGAUUCCUCAGUCCUUCGAGUGUCAUAUGGUGCCUUCCUUCAGCCUACGUGAUAGCACUCAUCAUUCCCUGCAUCGUGCUGGUGAUCAAGUUCAUCCUCAUCUUACCAUGUAUAGACAAGACCCUUACACGGAUCCGCCAGGGCUGGGAGAGGGAUGCGAAACCGACAUUGAAUGGAGAAAGAUAUUUAAAGCAAAGUUCAGUCCAUCUGGACUCUGAACUGUAGUAGUGUAUGUUUAUUUAGAGAAGACUAUAUAAUGGGCACAGUUAAGAGAGCAUUUUUCUCCCACCAUGACCUGAAAUUUGUUAACAGAGAAAGAACGGUUGCCAGACUUUGAGAACUUGACAGAUAG